UUUGCUUUGCAAGUUUUGGAGCAGCAGGAAGAUGGGUAACGUUGAAAUGUAGUGUUAUUGUUGUGUGCAGAUGUGAUGAAAGUCUAAGGCAACUGUUGAUGCACAACUGUCUAAAUUAUGUCAGCUAUCAUACGAAACAGAAAAGAAAAUGCCGAGGACAGAAAAUGAUCGAGAUGGAGAAAAACCAAAAAGGGACGAGAGACACAGAUCACCAACAGACUCACAUCAUAGUAGACACAGACACGAUAGAAACAAAAAGAAGCACAAACACAAAGAUGGGCACAGAAGGAGAAGCAGGUCUUCAAGUAGGAGUGGUAAAGACAGGGAGGAGAGAAAGGCUCACGGAUCUAGAGAAAGUUUUUCUACUUCACCCCACAGAAGAAAACAAGAAGACAGACAUGAUUCUAAAGACAGAUAUGAUUCCUCUCCAACUCUGUAUACAGACAGGCACAAGAAAAGAAAACAGUAUGGGGAGGAUGAGAAAGUUGUUGAAAAUUCAACUACAUAUUUGAAGCAAAAACAUGAAACAGAAGCUAAAGCCUCUGUAACACAGGGUGAUCAUUCACAAGAAGUGGUUGAGAGCUCUUCAGAAAGUGAAAAGGAAUUUGAUGAUUUUGACUUCGAAUGUGAAAAAUCAACUCUUGACAAAAUGUUCUUUAGAGAAGAUGACCUAAUAAAAAGGGGCUCACAAGAUUAUAAUGACUUCUGGGCAUUCCUGAAGAAGUUCAAGGCUUUUAACAGGAAGAAAGCAAUGGAGCAAAAAGGUAACAGAUCUAAAUCAAAUUUGAAAGAGAGCAAGUUAGGUAUACCAAUGAAGUAUGACAAAAGAUACAAGAUCAAUCUCUCUGUGGCAACUAAGGACAUAGAAGAUAUGCUGAAGUAUGGAAGAAGUAAGCACAAAGAAAAAUCUCAAUUGAAUAAGGAGAGGAUAGCUGAAUUUAGAAGCAUCUUGUUGCAUUACUUUGAUUUUUGCCAGAAGCAGAAGUUUUCAAAAUUAAUAAAGAUAAAGAAGGACCAGCAAAAUCUGCCCAUAUAUCAGUAUAAGGAAAAGAUAAUUGAAACACUGAAAGAGUACCAGGUAAUUGUGGUGGCUGGAGACACAGGCUGUGGAAAGUCAACACAGGUUCCCCAGUACUUAUUACAGGCAGGCUACACUAACAUUGCCUGCACCCAACCCCGCAGAAUUGCUUGUAUUUCUCUCAGUAAAAGAGUGGGUUAUGAAACACUGAAUGAAUAUGGAUCAGAAGUUGCCUAUCAGGUUAGAUUUGAAAGAUCCAGAACAAGAGCCACAAGGAUAGUUUUCUUGACAGAAGGUCUAUUGCUAAGGCAGAUGACAACAGACCCUUUCCUUAAGCAGUACAAUGUCAUUGUAAUAGAUGAGGUUCAUGAGCGUCACAUCUACACUGACUUCUUGCUUGGUGUUGUCAAGUGUCUACUUCAGCAUCGUGAUGAUAUCAAAGUGGUCCUCAUGUCAGCCACCAUCAACAUUGACAUGUUCAGCGGAUACUUUGAUCAUGCCCCAGUAAUCAAGGUGCCAGGGCGUCUGUACCCUAUACAGUUGCAGUAUCACCCCAUUGACCAAGCAGAUAAAGAGGAGAAAAAGGGAAAAAUUGAUCCAUCGCCUUACCUAAAGAUAAUGCAAAUGAUAAAUCACAAAUAUCCAGACUCUGAGCGUGGUGAUCUUCUGAUAUUCCUCAGUGGCAUGGCCGAGAUCAUGACACUGGUGGAGGCAGCUAACAUGUUUGCUCAGAAAUCCAAGAGAUGGAUUGUUCUUCCUCUUCACAGUGCUCUCUCCAUCUCAGAACAGGACAAGGUUUUUGAUUACCCUCCUGAGGGCAUUAGAAAGUGUAUUAUCUCAACAAAUAUUGCAGAAACAUCAGUCACCAUUGAUGGUGUCAGAUUUAUUGUGGACUCAGGAAAGGUCAAAGAGAUGAGCUAUGAUCCUAAGUAUAAGAUGCGUAAAUUGCAAGAAUUCUGGAUCAGUAGAGCUAGUGCUGAGCAAAGGAAAGGCAGAGCAGGAAGAACUGGGCCAGGUGUGUGUUACCGUUUGUAUGAUGAGAGUGACUAUGAUGCCUUCCAGGAGUAUGCCACUCCUGAGAUACAAAGGGUACCACUAGAUACAUUGAUCCUUCAGAUGGUCUCUAUGGGGCUACCUGAUGCUAGAAAGUUUCCGUUCAUUGAACCACCAUCUGACAGCAGCAUAGAAAAUUCUGUGGCUUUUCUGAAGGAACAGGGAGCUCUUACAGAAGAUGAGAAACUGACCCCUAUUGGUGAGAUGCUUGCCCAGUUACCUGUGGAUGUAGUCAUUGGAAAAAUGCUCAUUCUUGGUUCCAUAUUUCAAAUGAUUGACCCCGUGUUGUCCAUUGCUGCUGCCCUCAGUGUCCAGUCUCCUUUCACCAGCAGAGCUCACACUGACCAUGAUGCCAUUAGCUCUAGGAAGUCCAUUGAAUCUGACCAUGGGGACCCCUUUACUUUGCUUAAUGCUUUUGAUGAAUGGAUUCAGGUCAAAGCAGAGGGACGAGGCACAAGAAAGUGGUGUAAAAGAAAGGGAUUAGAAGAACAGAGAUUUUAUGAGAUGACCAAGCUUAAGAGGCAGUUCCAGGAGUUGCUGAAGGACCAUGGUCUAGUGGGGCAGGGGUCAGCGGGAGAGGCCCCAGAUGAGAGAUACUUGUCCAGUCAGGAGAGAGCUCAGAGACAUGGAGACAGGAAGAGGUUGAGGGAGUUAAGGAGGGAGCAGCAAAAAGCCACAAAGAAAAGAAAAGUAUUGAAAGUGACAGAUGAGGAUUUUAAAGUUAGCAGUGAUGAAGAAAAUGAUGUGGAGGCCAAUGUUAAAGAUUUGGAAUUCAGACUGUCACAUGACCUUGAUCAGUUACAGGAAAAAUCCAGUCGCAGUUUUACUCUGCGUGACAUCAACCUGUUAAAACUGAUCCUGUGCAGUGGACUCUAUCCUCAGGUGGCCAUAGCAGAUGAAUGCAACUCAUAUAAAGCAGACUCUGAGCAGGCAUUUCAUACAAAGAGCAAGCCUUUUGUAGUGAUUCACCCAACCAGUGUGUUUUCCUACCAGCCAGAGGUCUUACAGUUACAAGAGAUAGACAUGGAAAGAACUGAAGUAGGGAAUCAGAAAUAUGUGAUGAGCAGCAAGCAUGAACUGGUGGCAUUUGUAUCCUUGUUGGAAACCAAUAAGCCAUACCUUGUAAAUCUGAUGAGAGUCCCAGCACUGCAAACCCUGCUACUGUAUUCAAACAGCCUGGACACCAAUGCUGACUGCACCAGAAUUGUAUGUGAAGGUUGGCUAGAGAUAAGAUUUGCAGAAGUGGAAGCUGCAGAGAAUAUCAUGUCUGCUGUUAUCCAGCUCAGAACUCUGCUGCAAGAGUUGCUCAAGAUGAAACUUCAAGAUACUAUCAACAAAAAAGAACAGGACGAAAAAGACAAGUUCAACCCAAAGUUUAGAAAGUUGGAAAGACUUUUGGCUGGCAAGCUGACCAGUUUCCUGGAUAGUAAAGUGGUGUACUCUAUCCGCCGAGUUCUGGCUGCUGAACUCCAGCACCUUUAUUUGGGUCCAAGCGAAGAUGUCAAAGGUGGUGAUGAUGUAAUCAGUGAUAUUAUGAAGUUCUCUACAUUGGGAGGGGAGCCACACCCAGUGAAAGGAGGGAUCCAAGUCAAGGAAUAUUUGGUAUACAAUUGCUUGCAGGGUGAUGCGGAAGCCCCGGUGUACGGGGAAUACACUACCUACAUGCAGAAGCACUGGACAUGCCCCAAGUGUUCAGAGUCAAUGAUUGUCACCCUGAUGGAGCGAUUACAGCAUGAAAGUCAGUGUCAGGUGACAGAUGACACAGACACUGGAACAAAAGAAGGGACAAGUCAGGAGUUGAACCCAUUACGCAGACACUACCAUUGUGACAUCUGCCGACAAGACUUUGCGUUUACUACAACAGAAAUUCUCAAACAUAAGAAGUCACAUUCUGCUAGUUGACAGCUUGUUAAAAUUCUCGGAAAUUUUCAAAAAGUUUGUGUCAAAAGAGGCUUCAUUUUGAUUUAAAGUUGGAGUUGACAUAAUAAUGUAAGAGUACAACAUUUGGAGGUGAGCAUAAUUGCAGAAUGUAGAUGUAGUGAUUUAAAACGAAAAAAGUAACUGAUUUUCACCAAGUUUUUUUACAAGCUGUAAAUCGUUGAUAGUUUUCCUGUUUAACACUGAAACAGAAUCAAGAUACCAGAUCUUACAAGAAAAGGAUACCUUCAGUCCAGAAAGGGGGCCAAAAGAUACAAACUUGAUUAGAUCUGAUGUUGGAUAAUGAAAAAAAAAACUACUGCCGCUACCUCUUAGAUCAGCAUUGGAUCCUGUAUCAAACAGGAAGUGUGUUUGGUAGGUUGCAGGAACUUGAGUCACAUUUUAAUUUCUGGACCAAAUCGUGACUGUGUAAAAUCACUGUAAAAUGGUGUCUGUCUUUGACUUGCAUCUAUUCUGUCAAUCAGUUAUGAAAAUGACUUUUCAAUUUAUGUCUGAACAUAUUUACUAAUGUAAAUAAAGAAUUUAUACUGGAUUU